AUGGCGGCUUUAAGAGCGGGGGAAGAACAGCUUCUGUUUUUAGCGGACGAAGAAGGAGACGUAGAAGAUGACGAAAUGCUUGGGUUUUUCCUAUAUUUAACAGAAGGCUUGAACCCAAUACCUCACCGUAAUUAUUCGCGGUUUAAACUAGAAAACUACAGCAAUGAAGAGUGUGUACUUAAUUUCCAUUUCACGAAGGCCGACGUUAUUCACUUGGCAAAUGCGCUGCGGUUAUCUGAUCGUUUUGUGUGUAAGAAUGGCACUGUUGCUAGCACAUUGGAAGGAUUAUGCAUGCUUUUACGUCGACUAGCCUAUCCCAAUCGUUUGACUGAUAUGGUUCAAAUGUUUGGUUGGUCCAAAUCCGAGUUGAGUAUGGUAAUCAACAGUGCUGUUGAUUUUGUAUUUAACCAGCAUCAUUCGCUGUUAAAUAACCUAAAUGUACCUUGA